AUGGCUCUUUCACUUUCGAGCUUUCUCUUUGCAAUAUGCAUCGCUCCAGCGGUUUUGGCAGACACAGUGACCUUCGACUGGAGCAUUGGCUGGGUGAGAGCCAAUCCUGAUGGCCUAGCAGAGCGGCCGGUUAUGGGAAUCAAUGGUCAAUGGCCGCUACCGCUUCUGAACAUUACGAAGGGUGAUAACAUAGUCGUGAACCUCCACAAUCAGCUCGGCAACCAAAGCACAAGCAUGCACUUCCAUGGCAUGUAUCAGAACGGCACGAACGAAAUGGAUGGGCCAGUUGGCGUGACCCAGUGCGAUGUGCCGCCUGGAUCAUCUUUCAAGCUCAACUUCACGAUUGACCAGCCUGGCACAUACUGGUACCACUCUCACACACGUGGGCAGUACCCGGACGGCCUCCGUGGACAGCUUGUUGUGCAUGAUCCUGAGAACCCAUACAGAGGCCAAUUCGACGCAGAAAUCCCACUCACGGUAUCAGACUGGUACCACGCCGAAAUGCCGGGCCUGUUGGCUUCCUUUGUCAGCUACAAGAAUCCUACAGGAGCGGAGCCAGUACCUAAGUCGGCACUCAUGAAUGAUACACAAAAUCUGACCAUACCUGUCGAGCCUGGCAAGACGUACUUCUUCCGUCUCACGAACAUCGGUGCAUUUGCUGGGCAAUACUUCUGGAUCGAAGGACACACUAUGCAAAUCAUCGAGGUAGACGGCGUCUACACCGAGCCGGCGGAGGCAAGCAUGAUCUACUUGACAGCAGCGCAGCGCUAUGGCUUCCUGGUCACGAUGAAAACUGAUGAUUCUGCCAACUUUGCGAUGAUGGGUAGCAUGGACACAGAUCUGUUCGAUGUCGUACCCGAUACUCUCAAUUGCAAUUCGACGAGCUGGCUAGUGUACAAUGAUGCUGCACCGAAGCCAGCGGCACUUUUACUUGACGAGUUCGAACCCUUUGACGACUUUACGCUUGUGCCGCAGGACGGCCUGAAACUCUACGACCACGUCGACUACUCCUUCAACCUCGACCUUGCCAUGAACAACCUUGGAGAUGGCGCCAAUUACGCCUUCUUCAAUGAUAUCACAUAUACGACGCCAGUCGUCCCAACCCUAUACAGUGCCCUAACGACUGGUGCUAAUGCCUCAGAUGUGGCAGUCUAUGGUGACUACACCAACUCCUAUGUCCUUGAGAAGGGCGACGUGGUGGAGAUAAUACUGAAUAAUGAUGAUGCCGGCAAGCAUCCUUUCCAUCUGCACGGACACAACUUCCAAGCUGUGUACCGAGGACCAGAUGAUGAUGGCCACUACAACCCGGCCAAUAUGACGGACUUCCCAGCCAUGCCGAUGCGUCGCGAUACACUAAUGGCCAAACCGAACAGUAACUUUGUUAUCAGAUUCGUGGCAGAUAACCCUGGCGUAUGGUUCUUCCACUGCCACAUCGACUGGCAUCUCGCCACCGGUCUCGCAGCCACGCUAAUCGAGGCACCUCUCGACAUGCAAAAGACCUUGACUAUCCCGCAAGACCAUCUAGAUGUGUGCAAAGCAGGUGGUGUACCGAUUGCGGGCAAUGCUGCAGGCAACACAGUCGACGUCCUCGAUCUCAAAGGCCAGAACGAAUCGGUCAAGCCUCUACCCACUGGCUUCACAGCAAGAGGCAUCGUAGCGCUUGUGUUCAGCUGCAUGAGUGCCUUCUUGGGCAUGGCUGUCAUUGCUUGGUACGGCGCCAUGCCCCUGAGCUCUGCAGAGCUUGCGUCCGCGAAGCGUUUCGUGGCCAAGCAUGGUGGUACAGUCGAAUGA